AACUUGCAUUUGGUGAUACAUGUAGUUGGUUGAUGAACUGUGCGUAUGGAGUACUACCGAGAGAGCUCGUCACGAGCUACACGUCCAAUUGAGAAAACUUUCUUGGGCACACGUACACGAUCAUGGCGAGUGCGGAGUAUCCAUUCGUUUUCUGCGCAUUAUUUCUCUCAAUAUCAACAUUUCUUGAUAACAAGCAUCUAGCCAAAGCGUUCUUGGAGCAUCACAAUCCGCAUGCUGCCAAACCCCACUUCCUUCCCCAUGAACACACCAGGAUACACAACGAUGCCUUGAGACAAGCCCAAAGCACUCUCUCCGUGGUCAUCGACCCCGCCAAACCCCAUCUCAGCUCCUUCGUCCGCAUCGUGAACCCCAUCGAAGUGUUCGACGGCGGUAAACACCUUGCUCACAUCGAGUACUCCUGCAGCGAUGGUGAUCUCAUUGCUGUUCAGAUUUUCCUCCAAUCGGACGACAUCCCGGAAAGCCCGCUGAGGGUUUUCCACCACGAUUGGACGUGCAGUCGUUACGCGAGCGGCACGCGCAGAGCCUACGUGCAGCUGACGUUGCCCGAAUGGCUGACGUACCGACCGGAUAACUUGCAACCACUUGCUUUCAACGUGAUCGGUCUGGAGCUGAAAGUAUGGAUCUCAGCAAACGACAGAUCCUGAGCUGCGUCCAUUGGAACAAUUUGAAUUGUUAUGAGAAGGCUCAUGUCAAGGGUGUGUAUCCAGUGAAAGUCCUUCCAGUUUAUCAACGGCAAAGGAGGAAUUAUGAGGCCAAUAUGUGCUUGUCCUGGGAUGCCUGGAUAAAACUCAAGUAUUUCAACGAGGGAAAAGUACUCAGGUGUGAAGUCGAAAAAGAGAAUGUACAACUGGUGGAUUUUCCAGUGGCUUUCUCCGAUGCUAAUUCAGGGAUUACCAAGGACUUGCCUCCAUUCCAAGACAUCGGCUUGAUCAACCAGCAGCAGAGACACAGGUUCAACCCUCAAUUCACGAUAUCCACGAUGGUCUAUCUUCUUGAGUACUGCCGCUCUGAUCUGUGUAGCAUCAUGCAUCGUAAAAGCCAGACAAAUAAUAAUUACAUCACACCUUUACUCUUCCUCACCAGAAAAGGCUUAAUACACGUACAGGUGGUGCUUGAGAAUGGUCAGGCAUUUGGAAUGCUAAGCAACUAUCGGAUCCCAUUGAAGCAAUGGGUGCGUGUAGUCUACAAACAAGAUGGGAGCAAGUGGACCUUAUCAGUGAGCAGUGGACACAACUUGACAAACGUGGUCGUGAGCGGCAGUAUGUUCCCCAAGCCUGUGCGGUAUGAGGAGGGGGAGGGGCUUAUCUAUCUGGGAGGGAGUAGUGUCUCUAAGGCAUUCCGGGGAUUCAUAGCGGAUACCUGGCUGUGGAGGACUACAGUGGCUAAAAAGGAUCCACAUUUGAAUUCUUCAAGUCCUAUCCUGAUGGAUAGGAUCAGUUCUUACAUCACAAGCUGCGAUGCGCUACAGGAGAGAAUGCUGACUGUAUACGAGACGUAUCAGAGCCAACGGCUGUCGCUCAUUCCACAGAAUUCCUGCAGCAAUUCCCUGUCAUCACUUCUUCCGUCCUCAUCCCAAUCGUCAUCAUCAUCCGACAUUCAUCCACCGGUAUGCCAACCCUGGGAGAGACGUCCUCCUAAGGGCUACAGACAUCUAUGGUCUGCACUCAAGACUGCUGCCUGGCGAAGCAAGUACUAUAAGGAGAGUUUUGAGUUCAUUGGUAGGAGGCUGCAUGAGAAGGCCCUACAGUAUCUGGCUGCUGGUGGUUUGUCAACAAUUCCAGUCAUCCUCCCCGUCCUCCGCCAGGCUAGUUGCUAUGGUAACCACAAAUCCUCCUACAUGCUGGGCACGUUGUACGCCGGAGGAAUCAACGUCGAUGCAGACCAGAAUGAGGCAUAUCUAUAUUGGCUGGUUGCCGCACAGGCAGGGAACCGGUUAGCCAUGCUUGCAUUGGCCAAUCAUCAUUACCAAGGGCUGAACGCGGCAUCCAAAGAUUAUGACUUCUCGUACAAUUACUUGAAGAGGUUGGCAGAUUUGACAGUUAAAGAUCGAGAGAGACAUGAUGCUGAUGGGGUUUUGACGGAGUAUGUGAGGUUGACAGACACCGACUCACUACAGGUGCACAAAGGAGAGGGUGGCGACCACUUCCUGUGGUUGAAGUACCAAGCAACCAAAGGCAUAGCACAGGCACAGCUUGAUAUGGCCCGCAUACUAUUCUGGGGGCAGAGGGGCAUAGACCGGGACGUCCAGCAGGCCGUUGACCUUUACCGAUUGUAUUUAAUGGAGAAUCCAUUGGAUGAGGUUGUGCAGUAUGACUAUGGGAUCAUUCAUCUACAGGGACAAGGAACAGAGAAAAAUGUUGAGAAGGCUCUGGAACAUCUGAACAAAUCUGCAGAAUUGGGCCAUGCACCGGCCUACACGGCACUCGGUUGGUACGCCAUCAAUUUCCAGCGAGACAUGAAAGCAGCCGCUAAGUACUUUGACAUCGCGGCCAGAAUGGGGCACAGGGACGCAAUGCACAACCUGGGAUAUAUGUACAAGUCUGGUCAGUACCCAGGCAAACCUGCAGAUGAGGCCAAGGCCCUGCUGUAUUUCCAGAAAGCUGCCGACCGUGGACACAUAGACUCUGCAGGGGUGGUAGCUGAGAUCUACAGCCAAGGAUCUACCGGUGUGGAACGCAGUAGCUAUAAAGCAGUCUUCUGGUCUCGCUUGGUGUGUGAGCAGAAUCCAGAGAUAGGGAUGGCGUUACGCAAAGGCCUGGACGCGUAUCUAGAAGGAUCGUGGGGUGAGAGUAUCGUGUACUACAUGAUGGUAGCUGAGACGGGCCUAGAGGUUGCUCAGUUCAACCUAGCACAUCUCUGUGAGGAGGACCAUGAUGGUCAAGUCUCAGCCUACGUCAGGACCGACUGUGUCUGGAAGUACUACAACCUGUCCAGCCAUGCUACACAACCACACGUUAUCUCCCAGCUGAAGAUGGGUGAUUUCUAUUAUUAUGGACACCAUGGAGAUGAAGACAAGAGCAGCGCUGUGCGGUACUAUGCAAUGGCUGCCAAGAGACAUGAACCACAGGCACAGUUCAAUCUUGCCUAUCUUGUAGAGGAAGGCACACAGAUUGACACUACCGUCUGGAAGAGUCUUCGCGUUCCUAGUGAUGUCUACAAUACAGAUGAUAAGACACAGCUUAUUAUGACACUAUACAGGAGGUGUCGAGACGGAGGUAACAAGAUUCCUACCUGCCGUGUGGCCUGGCUUUGCUUCGAGUACAACUCUUGA